GUUAUCAACAUCCGACAUGCCCUAAAUGACCAUAUACAUAAAUAACGUUUAGUCGCAAGAGGACCCGCAGUCAUGUGGCGUCUUUGCAUAUUAAUUAUCAUUUUUGUUUUAAGUUCCGAGGGUAAAUUAAUUAACUCGGAACUGCUCGAUCCGGAAUGGCAGGAUCUUGUCGCUGCGGGCGGAAUGCACAUCGGACACGGGCGGACUAAAAGAUUUGUGGAGCUCAAUGAAAACCAGCCUAAUCGACCGCAUCAAGCUUGCCUUCUCCCAGAUGGCAAAGCUGGACACUGUCGACACUUGCAUUACUGUGUUCAGGAAGACUUCAAAAGGGAUUUCAUGAAGUUUAUGGAUUAUCUGUGCAUUAUAAAACACUCGGCUAUCGGUGUCUGCUGUCCUGAUGGUAUGGUAGCCGGUGGUGCGGACGCUUUGGCUGGAGACCUGCCUGCAACGGCCCCUAGAGAUGAAAAUGAGAUCGCUUUUAAGAUUGAUCGAGCUGAAAAUAGAGGUUGUGGACUAAGCACACGAGCUCAGAGUAGGGCAACGGGAUCGCAGCCUGCCAAACCGCGUGAGUGGCCUUGGAUGGCUUCUAUCACCCCUGAGGGUUUCAAGCAAUACUGUGGUGGUGCUCUCAUUACCGACCGUCAUGUGCUCACUGCGGCUCAUUGUACUAGAAGAUGGAAGGCAGAAGAGCUGUUCGUACGUCUUGGGGAAUACGACCUCGUUCGUACCAACGAUUCUCGCACCUACAACUUCCGCGUUAUCGAGAUACGCCAACACGAACUAUUCGACAUAGCUAACUAUCAUAACGACGUGGCGAUAUUGAAGCUACAUAGACCAGCCGUGUUCAACACAUACGUAUGGCCGAUAUGUCUCCCUCCUCGAGGAUUGGCAUUAGAAGAUGAAAUGGCCACUGUAAUAGGAUGGGGUACGUUAUGGUAUGGCGGUCCCAACAGCAACGUUCUUAUGGAAGUAUCGGUGCCAAUAUGGAAUCACCAAGCCUGCGUGAACUUAUUCAGUGAUUCGGUCUUCAACGAGACUCUGUGUGCCGGUGGCAAAGACGGAGGAAGAGAUGCUUGUCAGGGUGACAGUGGUGGUCCUCUGAUGUACCAGAUGACGAGCGGGCGCUGGGCGGUGGUGGGGGUGGUGUCGUGGGGUGUGCGUUGCGGGGAACCUGCACAUCCCGGACUCUACACGCGCAUCGACCAGUACCUGGAGUGGAUAUUACAGAAUGCUAUCUUCUAGAACAACAUCCUCGUCGAUAUCCAUUCUGUAUUUAUUUAUUCAAUGUCCGGAAUAAGAAAUGGAUAGUAUCGUAUAAAUAAAGUGGUAUAUUACAAA